CUUGGCAACAAAACAAUGUGGAAAGACUACAGUAACUCUCCCUUGCAAGAACGCCAACUGAGUUCAUCUAUGGCUGGAUCAAAUGCCCUUAAUUCUACUGUACCUGGCAUCAGCAAAGAACUUGUAGACCUGCAGCAUCUCAUUCAGUUUCCAGAGGAGGUUGCUAGCAUUCUGACCGAGCAGGAACAGGAUCUCUACAGAAAAGUAUUGCCCAUUGACUACCUCUGCUUCUUAACCAGAGAUUUGGGAAAUGCUGAAUGCCAGAGGAAGCUUUCAACAAUUAAAGCUUCAAUUUCUGCAACUCUACUCUCUACUCCUAAUGGAGAACACAAUGCUGUUGAAGAUCUGGUGACAAGAUUCAAUGAGGUGAGUUCUUGGGUGACAUGGCUGAUUCUGACUGCGGGCUCUAUGGAAGAAAAACGAGAAGUCUUCUCCUAUGCAGUUCAUGUGGCCAAAUGCUGCUGGAACAUGGGCAACUACAAUGCUGUCAUGGAGUUCUUGGCAGGGCUCAGAUCAAGAAAAGUGUUAAAAAUGUGGCAAUUCAUGGACCAGUCUGAUAUUGAAACGAUGCGAAGCUUGAAAGAUGCUAUGGCACAACAUGAAUCGUCUUCUGAAUAUAGAAAAGUGGUCAACAGAGCUCUCAAUAUCCCAGGCUGUAAAGUUGUUCCUUUCUGUGGUGUGUUUUUAAAAGAACUCUGUGAAGUUUUGGACGGAGCUGCGAGUCUCAUUAGACUAUGUCCUCAAUAUAACUCUCAAGAUGAAACACUGGAGUUUGUUGCAGAGUACAGUGGACAAGAUCAUUAUUUACAACGGAUAGGGCAAGAUGGCAUACAUGAUGUGGAAAAGGAAUCAACAGCCAAUUAUAUAUUUCAAACGAUUCGGAGCUGUAAUCGCCGUUUAGAAUCUGACGAUGCGGAAGACAAUUUUAUUGAAUAUGAUGGUGUGAAUUCCCGGAGAAAUUCUUUGAAGGACAGAAAUCGCUAUCAGUUUAUAACUGGAGAUUUGUCAGAUUCUGAAAAUGACAUUUUUGAGCAAUCCAAAGAAUGGAUUACACCGACAGCUGAAGAGCAGCAGCAAGCUUUCGGUCAUGGGAUAGAGCUCAUUCCUUGGUAUGUGCUCUCAAUUAGAGCUGAUGUCCAUCAGUUCUUGCUGCAAGGUGCAACAGUAAUACACUAUGACCAAGAAACACAUUUUUCAGCACGCUGUUUCCUUCAACUUCAGCCUGACAAUAGCACAUUGACGUGGACAAAGCCCACUACUGCUUGCUCUGCAAGUUCUAAAAUGAAACUGAGUAUGCUAGGUAGCACAGCUGAACUUGGAAAGUUUCAGUUUCUUGGCAGUACUGGAUUAACUGGACUGGUGGAGGGUUGCCUGGAUCUGUUUUCAGCAAAGGCUGUGUAUAUGGGGCACUCUGGUAUCGAUAUGCAUACAGUAUUCAUUCAGAAUAAACUUUGCAAUAUGUCCGUUGAAGAGAAUGGAGUAACAUUAUUGUACGGCCUUCAAACUACUGAAAAUAAGUUGUUGCACUUUGUGGCUCCAAAAUACACGGCAAAAAUGCUGUUUGAUGGAUUGCUGGAAUUAAUGAAUGCUGUCAGGAAGAUGAAGAGAUUCCCUGAUCAGAGAUUACAGUGGCUCCGGAAACAAUACGUCAGCCUCUAUCAGGAGGAUGGCCGCUAUGAAGGCCCAACCUUGGCUCAAGCUGUUGAAUUAUUUGGAGGAAGGCGCUGGAGUACAAGAAAUACAAACCCAGGAAACUUGGCAAAAAACAUAGAAAAACCAGGUGUGCAGAGGAACAACACUCUGGGAAUCAGCACAGCUAAGAAAAAGAAGAAAGUGCUCAUGAGGGGUGAAAGUGGAGAUGGUACGGAUGAUGAGAUGGGAACUCGAAAAGCAAGACCUCUUAAGGAAAACCGGAGUAGAAGUGGCUCAGACCCUCAAGAUAUUGAUGAGCAAGAUGAAUCAGAACCAACUCUUACUUUUUCUGGUACCAAUACCCUGCCUUCCAGAAGAACGCAGUCCUUGACUACCUCAGUACCACUUAAUGUUACCCCUGGGGUCUCAGCCCCCAUCAGGCCAGUAUCUUCUCCUGUGAUGUCAUCCUCAAUAAAGAGUCAGUCUAGCACAUGGAGUAGCAGUAGCUGGCACGGAAGAGUUAAAGGGGGAUUGAAGGGAUUUCAGACCUGUAUGGUUUCUGACAGCAACAUGAGCUUUGUUGAAUUUGUUGAACUUUUCAAGUCUUUCAGUGUCCGAAGCCGUAAAGAUCUGAAGGACCUUUUCGAUAUCUAUGCUGUACCUUGCAAUCGAUUGGGCUCUGAUUCUGCUCCACUUUAUACCUCUCUGAAGAUCGAUGAAAAUACAAAUGGACUCCAACCUGAUCUGGAUUUACUAACAAGGAACAUAUCAGAUUUGGGCUUGUUCAUUAAAAGUAGGCAGCAACUAUCUGACAACCAGCGACAAAUAUCUGAUGCUAUUGCGGCAGCAAGCAUUGUGACUAAUGGUACCGGAGUAGAGAGCACAUCUCUGGGAAUAUUUGGAGUGGGCAUCCAGCAACUCAAUGACUUCCUAGUAAAUUGUCAAGGAGAACACUACACAUAUGAUGAAAUCCUUAGUAUCAUUCAGAAGUUUGAACCCAGCAUCAGUAUGUGCCAGCAAGGAUUAAUGUCGUUUGAAGGAUUUGCACGGUUUUUGAUGGAUAAAGAUAACUUUGCCUCUAUGAACAACAAAUCUCAAGAGAAUGUGGAAGAUUUGCUGUUUCCGUUGUCAUAUUAUUACAUUGAGUCUUCGCACAAUACGUAUCUCACGGGACAUCAGCUUAAAGGAGAAUCCUCGGUAGAACUUUAUAGUCAGGUUCUCUUACAAGGUUGUAGGAGUGUGGAACUAGACUGCUGGGAUGGUGAUGAUGGAAUGCCUGUGAUUUAUCAUGGGCAUACACUCACUACUAAGAUUCCUUUUAAGGAAGUAGUUGAAGCUGUUGAUCGUAAUGCCUUUAUCACCUCAGACAUGCCAGUUAUCAUAUCCAUUGAGAACCACUGUUCCCUGCCUCAGCAACGAAAGAUGGCUGAGAUUUUCAAGAAUACAUUUGGAGAUAAACUGGUAACUAAAUUUUUGUUCGAGAGUGAUUUUUCUGAUGAUCCAAUGCUUCCUUCUCCCUACCAACUGAGAAGAAAGAUUUUGCUUAAAAACAAAAAGCUCAAAGCUCAUCAAACUCCAGUGGACAUAUUAAAACAAAAGGCUCAUCAACUGGCGUACAUGCAAGCUCAGGCAAGCAAUGGUGGUAAUACAGGAAGCAUUCCUGCUCCUAAUGAAGAAGAGGAGGAUGAAGAAGAUGAAUAUGACUAUGACUAUGAGUCUCUAUCUGAUGCUGAUGUCCUUAAUGCUUCUCCUGCUCCUAACAGCCAGGAAGAUAACAUUCUGGAAGACCGACCUGAAAGUAAGUUAGCCGUAGAUAAGCUGCAGUUUGAAUACAGUGAAGAAACUGCCAAAAGAAUAAAGAAGGCGGAUAACACCAUGUACAACAAUAAAGGAAAGGUUUAUGACAUGGAAUUAGGUGAAGAAUUUUACCUUUCUCAAAAUAAAAAAGAAAGCAGACAAAUAGCACCUGAACUGUCAGAUCUUGUCAUCUACUGUCAAGCUGUAAAAUUUCCUGGUCUGUCAACUCUAAAUCCAUCUGGCUCUAGCAGAGGAAAGGAAAGAAAAAGCAGGAAGUCCAUUUUUGGCAACAAUCCUGGAAGGCUGAGCCCAGGGGAGCCAGCAGUUUUUGCCAAAACAUCUGGAAAAGGUGCCUUCGAUGGUGUACGACAGACAUGGGAAGAAGCUUCUUCUACUCUCAGCCCUACAGCUUCCCUCAGUUCAAUAAUAAGGACUCCCAGAUGUUACCAUAUCUCCUCUUUGAAUGAAAAUGCUGCCAAGCGCUUGUGCAGGCGAUAUUCACAGAAGUUGAUACAGCAUACCACCUGCCAGCUGCUCAGAACAUAUCCAGCUGCUACACGCAUUGAUUCGUCUAAUCCUCAUCCCCUUCUCUUCUGGCUUCAUGGGGUACAGCUGGUGGCAUUAAAUUAUCAGACUGAUGAUCUUCCCCUGCAUCUGAAUGCAGCAAUGUUUGAAUCAAAUGGUGGCUGUGGGUAUGUUCUAAAACCACCUGUUUUAUGGAAUAAGAACUGCCCAAUGUAUCAACAUUUUUGUCCUUUAGAACGAGAUUUAGACAAUAUGGAACCAGCUAUUUAUUCCCUUAUGAUUGUUUCUGGACAGAAUGUUUGUCCUAGCAACAGCACAGGAAGCCCGUGCAUUGAAGUGGAUGUGCUUGGGAUGCCUCUGGAUAGCUGCCACUUCCGCACUAAGCCCAUUCAUCGCAAUACUCUCAAUCCCAUGUGGAAUGAACAGUUCCUCUUCCGGAUUCACUUUGAAGAUCUCGUAUUCCUUCGCUUUGCUGUUGUUGAAAAUAAUUCUUCAGCGGUGAUGGCCCAAAGAAUCAUUCCACUGAAGGCUCUAAAAAGAGGGUACAGACAUCUCCAGCUACGAAACCUUCACAAUGAAGCACUAGAAAUCUCAAGUUUAUUCAUUAACAGUCGAAGAAUGGAAGAAAAUCCUCCUGGAAAUGCUGUGCCAGCUUCUUUGCGAUUUAACAUGGCAGAGAGAAGAUCAGCUGCAGUGUACAAAGUCACCAUACAUGGAGUUCCAGGCCCAGAACCUUUUACACUUUUUACUAUAAAGCAAGGGACCACAGUGGCUCAGCUUCUGCACCAGAUUUUGGCUUCUACAAAAGGAAUUGGAAAAUAUCCAACAGACUAUUUUUUGAUGGAGGAGAAAUGCUUUAUAUCUAAGGAAAGAAACGAGCACAGGAAGCCACCCUUCCAGAGGGUGCUGGGUCCCGAGGAGGAGGUCGUCCAGCUAUUGAACAGCUGGUUCCCAGAAGAAGGCUAUGUCGGAAGAAUUAUCUUUAAAACACGCGAGGAAAACUUGAACAGGAGAAAUAUCUGUCAGGAGGAGAAGGAUGAUGGAAUCAUCAGCUCUGAGGAUGACAGCUUCUUUGUUCAAGUUCAUGAUGUUUCCCCGGAGCAACCACGGACAGUCAUAAAAGCUCCUCGCUUCAGCACAGCCCAGGAUGUCAUUCAACAGACCUUAUGCAAAGCCAAAUAUUCCUACAGUAUUCUGAACCAUCCUAACCCAAGUGAUUAUGUUCUCUUGGAGGAAGUGACAAAAGAACCAGCAAACAAGAAAUCCUCAACGCCCAAAACUUCUCAGAGGAUUCUUUCUGACCAAGAGUGUGUGUUUCAGGCUCAAAGCAAAUGGAAGGGAGCUGGAAAAUUUAUCCUUAAACUUAAAGAACAAGUCCAAGCAGGCCGAGAUGAUAAGAGAAAAGGCAUUUCAUUUGCUAAUGAACUUAAAAAGUUAACUAAAUCAAGUAAGCAAUACCGGGGCUUUAUAACCCCACCUUUACAAACAUCUUCAGAAGGUCUCCAGAAUAAAGAAGACAAGACUGCUUGCAGUUUGACUUUCAGUGAAACUAUGGAAUAACUUUAAUAGGUUUGUAUUCAGGAAUUUACAAGAGACAAAAAGUCUCCCUUCCUGAAAAUGAGAGCAGCAGAGAACAUGAGGGACAUUGACCCAAUCCUUCACCCACUUCUUUAAGCAGUCUUUCACUUUUAACUGGAAGAUGUCAAAAGUCUCUGUGGAGAUACCAGCUGGUUCAGUUGUGGCUUGGCUGCCCAAACAGGUGCAACCUGGAGGUUGCUUAUAGGGGAUGGAGCCAGUUGUGAAAGAUGGACGAGGAGUCGAGUUUCUGAGGCUCUGGCAGGAGGCCCUGCAAUCAUUUGGAAAGGAUUCCUUUCAUCUUUAUGUUCAAUAUGUUUGGAGAGGGGAGUAUAAAAGAAAGCACCUUACGUUUUCCAUUGCUGGCAAGAUCCAGCCUUUUUAGAAUAAAAUAUUUUAGUUAAGCAUCUUAAGGGAAAAUGAAGGUUGAGGAUGUUCUGUAGUGUAUUAUGUAAAAAUACAUUUUUAGAAGCUCCUUCUACACACUUAAUUGGCCUUAGGCAGAUGUAGAUAACAUUGUAACUCAGACAUUUCAGUAUGGUGAAUAUAAGCAGUUUAUGAUCUGUUUCCUUAAUGUCAGUGUACAGUAGUCAGUAUACAUGUUUUUAUAGUGAUGCUGAUUAGGAACAUUUCUUCAUGCAGUGUAUUGUAGUUUUUUCUGUAUAAACAAUAACUAUUUAUUUUACUAUUCCAAGGUAUGUGUCACUGUAUUGUGUAUUUAUCAUGCCUUGCUCUACAGAAAUCUAUAUAUCUUUCCAGAAAAUUCUGCUUAUUUCUCAGUUUAGAGGAUAUGUGUUUAAUUUUAAUGAACAUUCAGGAAAUACAUUCUUUAUGCUUAUUGUCUCAGCUGGUCAAUAUUAAGUGUUUUGAGGGGAAAAACACGUUUUACUGCUGAAUUCUCAAUAAAAACCUCAACAGUAUAAUAGCAAAGUCAAUUAUUUCAAAUAGAGUCUCUCCAUUACUGUCACUGAUAGCCUUUAUUUUUAAAAAAGAAAACCUUUAAACUUAGGAAGCAUACUAUUCAGUUUCAUUUUUGGUGUAAAUCUUGCCAUUUCUGUUUGUUUACAUAGAAGUAGUUGUAAAGAUUUGUAUAUGUUUGCAAAAUCAUAAGCUUUUAAUAUUUUUAUAAGGCUCUUAGCACUGGUUGUAACUUUUCUUCUUGUUAAUAUACUAUCAAAAGCAAUUUAAUAUUACACAUAUAAAGCAUGGAAGAACAAAAUGGUCACUGGUGUUGCCUUUUAAUAACUGUAAUACAAAACUAAGGCUGUAAUUCUAUAUUUACUUCACUGGGAUAAAGUCCAAUUAUAUUUAAUAGCACUUAUUUUGAAGCAGACAUGUGCAAAACCAUAUGUAAACCUCCAGCAACAGUAAAGCACUUGCUGCCCACCAAGGAUGAUACUGUGUGAAUAAAUCAAGAAAUGGGACUGUUCCGUUAAUUAAAGUUCAAAGAAAGCAAAAUGCGGGGUGGGGUGGGGGGAACAGCUUGAACCUGAAUGGAAUGUGAAGUCAUAAUCAGAUUGGAUAUUCUACAAAGCUUAAUUCUCACUGCUUGCAAAAUAUACUAGUCACCUCAAGGACAGAAAGGCCCCUUCAGAUCAGAUGGAAAGCAAGUGAAUGCCAUGAUGAAAGAAGAAAACAAAUUCAGCUGAUUAUUAUAAACUGACUGGGAGUUAAAGGGAGAGGAAGGUCAAGACUUAAAUUUUAAAAAAACCAUUUAUGCUUAUUCUUAGGGAAAUGACAAUGAAAGUUUGUUAUCGGAAAGUAGUAAAUUCAUUACUGGAUCAACCAAGAAGAAACAGCUGUGCUAUGUGACUCUGCAUGGAGACACAGAGACAGUGCCGCCUUGAGGAGAAAGCUAGACUAUAACGGUGUUGAUCAGUUCCCAUAAGCGUCAGAGCUGCUUUGGGUUCUCCUUCCUUUAGGCAAGAUGCAUGCCACUGCAAAGUUACAGAUGAUGUAUUAACUAGUUGAACGCCAGUAGUAAGCUGCAACUAGAGUAGGCAUAUUGAAGCAACAGAACUCCCACUAAUUCAAAGGGCCUUCUCCAGCUGUAACUUAC